AAGACCUGGGAGAGUUAACUUCGCUUGUUGCGUUUAUCUCACACGUGCACCAUGAAGUAUAUUCUGGUAACAGGUGGUGUAAUUAGUGGAGUUGGUAAGGGAGUUAUUGCGAGUUCUUUUGGGACUCUACUAAAAUCUUGUGGCAUUAACGUUACAAGUAUAAAAAUAGACCCAUACAUUAAUAUUGAUGCUGGGACUUUCUCACCCUAUGAGCAUGGUGAAACUUAUGUCCUGGACGAUGGUGGAGAAGUUGAUUUAGAUUUAGGGAACUAUGAGAGGUUCCUUGAUGUAACUUUACACAAGGAUAAUAACAUCACAACUGGCAAAAUAUACCAAGAUGUGAUUUUGAAAGAAAGAAAAGGAUUUUACCUUGGAAAAACUGUGCAAGUGGUGCCACAUGUAACUGACAGAAUUCAGGAAUGGGUUGAAGAAGUAGCCAAUAGGUCUGUCUCACAAGAUGGAAAAUUACCUGAAGUUUGCAUUAUUGAACUAGGAGGAACUAUUGGAGAUAUUGAAGGAAUGCCAUUUGUUGAAGCAUUUCGUCAGUUCCAGUUCCGAGUGAAUUUAGAAAAUUUCUGUGUUGCUCACGUAUCAUUGGUGCCACAACCUAAAGCAACUGGAGAACCUAAAACAAAACCUACACAAGCCAGUGUGAGAGAGUUACGUGGCCUGGGUUUGUCACCAGACCUUGUGGUUUGUAGGAGUGAAUGCCCAAUCACAGAAACUGUUAAGAAAAAAAUUUCCAUGUUCUGUCAUGUGCCUCCAGAACAGGUACUCUGUAUUCAUGAUGUCUCGUCAAUUUAUCGUGUACCAUUGCUUAUGGACAAGCAAGGGAUUUUAGAUUUUUUUAUUAAGAGACUUAAGUUAAAUAUCCCUUUCCCAAGGCCUCGGAAAUAUAUGCAUAAAUGGAAAAGUUUAGCAGAUAGAGUUGACUCAUUAAGGAAAGAAGUAAACAUAGCUCUAGUAGGAAAGUAUACUACCUUAGAAGAUGCGUACGCCUCAGUUUCAAAAGCCUUACAACAUGCAGCUGUAGCGGUUGGUUAUAGGGUAAAAAUUACGUACAUUGAGUCUGUCGACUUGGAAAAAAAUAGUCAGGCUGCCAACUCCGUGUCAUACCAUGAAGCUUGGCAGAAGUUGUGUAAAAGCGAUGGUGUUAUUGUUCCUGGAGGAUUUGGAACAAGGGGAGUAGAGGGGAAAAUAGAAGCGUGUAGGUGGUGCAGGGAGACCAACAAACCAUUCCUGGGAAUAUGUCUGGGGCUUCAAGCUGCAGUCAUCGAGUUUGCCAGAAAUGUCUUGGGUUUGAAUGGAGCUCAUACCAAUGAAAUAGAUAAAAAUACUGAACAUCCUGUUGUCAUUGAAAUGCCUGAAUACAAUCCAAGUAAUAUGGGUGGUACUAUGAGAUUGGGAAGAAGAAUAACAGUAUUUAAAAAUGAUUCUUCAUUAUUAAAACAACUAUAUCAGAAGGAUAAAAUUGAAGAGAGACAUAGGCAUAGGUUUGAAGUUAAUCCACAAUAUAUUCAGCAAUUUGAAGAUAAAGGAUUUCAUUUCGUUGGGCAUUGUGAAGAAAAUGAUAGGAUGGAAAUUGCUGAACUGGAUGACCAUCCAUACUACGUAUCCGUUCAGUUCCAUCCUGAAUACCUCUCAAGACCCCUUACCCCAUCUCCACCUUUUCUGGGUUUGAUAUUAGCAGCGACAGGUAAAUUAAAUAAUUAUCUACACAGGGGUUGUAGAUUAUCUCCGAGGGACCUGUCUGAUGAAGAUAUGUCUGAUGGUGAAGUUGUUGAUUUGGCAGAUAGUACAGGACACUUGUCGCUGUCUUCCUCCUCAUCAAUUCAACCUGGUGACAGGAUGUGAAUAAAUUAUACUCAUAUAAUAUAAAGCUUGUAGGUGGUGUUAUGAAGGCAGUAUAACAUCGGCUAGAGAAGGAGGAGUGAACAAUUUUAUCAGAUUUAUAAAGGCUGUGAGAAAUAGGCAGGGUUUCUAAUUGUCCAGCGAGGUACUGAGAACACAACGAUCGCGACCCUGCUUUGUUAACUUGACUACUAAUUAAUUUAUAUGACUGCUUGCAUUCUAUAAUCUCUGUAUAGGAACACUACAUUAAUAGAAUAGAAAAUGCAUUGUUACUUUACUAAUUAGUUAGUUAUGAUUGUAAAAUGACUAAAUGAAAAGAAGAAAAUAAGUUGAGGAAUAUUAGCUAGACUUGUAUUGAACAUUCAGGUGGUAAUUAAGAGUUAUGACAAAUUUUUUUUUAUUUAUCAAUUUAUGUAUGUAUAAAUACAUAGCCCUAAAUUAGACUAAAUAUGUUAAUAAUUUUAUUCACAGUUAUGUUGUUUUAAAAAGGAGAGCUAAAAUAUUGAAUACUUUCAAUAAGAUUAGGAAGAAAAUAUAAUUUUUUAUUUAUUUUUAGUCUAAUACAUUUAGAUUAUUAUCCAAUAAAUGUUAACUAAAUUUAAAAUUGUCUUAAAAUAUAGUUUCUUAUUGUAAUACAUUUGAUAAUUAUCAGUUCUGUAAUUAAUUUGAUUCUAAGCAAUAGCUAUUUUUCUUCUUAAUUCCUUGAAACUUUAAAGGAAACCUCUUGUUUUUAUUUAAUUAUUUUAUUUAAAUAAAUUAUUCUUAGUUGCACAG